UGCAGAGGAACGGGGCUGUUUCCUGGUGCUGAGCCCCGGUGGGUCUUGCCUGGGACCAUCAGCCCCAACCUAGCAAACAACCGUGUCACUGGGGCGUGGUGGUUGACACAGGGGGGCGAUGCCACAUCCAACGCGUGCCACUGAGCUCGCCUGCAAGUGGCUUUUCCAGCAUUUUGCAGCUGCCUUGGGGAAGAGCCAGCCACCGGCGUUUCCCAGCUCUGCUCCUCCCAGGAGCCUUCACCACAAUGUUUGCUAACAAGAAGCACUUCACCAAUGCCAUUGUUGGGGCGCUGGUCGCACUCUCCAUCAUAGCCCUUGUCCUCAAGCUGAUGAAGAUUGAAGAUGUCACCCUGCCACCCACAGUCAAGUAUGGGAUGGUGUUUGAUGCCGGCUCAUCCCACACCUCUCUGUUUGUCUAUGAGUGGGAUUCAGACAAGGAGAACAACACCGGUGUGGUCAUCCAGAACUUGUCCUGUGAUGUCCAGGGGCAAGGCAUAUCAAGCUAUGCCAACAAUCCCCCAAAAGCUGGCGAUUCCCUGAGGGAGUGCCUGGAUAAAGCCCUGAAGGUUGUUCCUGCCGGAAAACAAAAGGAUAUCCCAGCUUAUCUUGGAGCAACAGCAGGCAUGAGGCUACUGAGGGAACAGAACAGCUCAGCAGCAGAUCAAGUCCUGGCCGAAGUUACUAAGACCAUGCGAGAGUACCCCGUGGCUUUCAAAGGGGCUCAGAUCCUUACAGGAGAGGAGGAGGGGGCCUAUGGCUGGAUCACCAUUAACUAUCUGCUGGAGUCCUUCACUAAGUACUCUCCCAAAACACACACAUGGGUUCGUCCAGAGGCAGCCACCAUUUUUGGAGCACUGGAUCUUGGAGGAGCAUCCACUCAAAUCAGCUUUAUGCCCGAAGGUUCAGUGAUAAAUUGGAAUGAGACCUCCAAGUUCACACUGUAUGGGUAUAACUACAACAUCUACACACACAGCUACCUCUGCUAUGGGCAGAAUGAGAUGCUGAAGCGACUGGCAAAGGAAUUAAUUGCGGAGUCACCCUCCAGCAUGCACGUCCAUCACCCUUGCUACCCAAAAGACUACAAUGAAACCAUCUCGCUGUCUUCCUUCCGCUUCAGCCCCUGCACGAACCGCAGUGACCCACGCCUGACCCUCCAUGACAGGAACGUGACCCUGGAGGGCAGGGGCAAUGCCAGCGGGUGCCUGGCUGCCAUCAAGAAGCUGUUCAACUUCUCAGCGUGUGGUCAGAGCCAGGACUGCACCUUUGACGGCGUCUACCAGCCCCCGGUCAGGGGAAAGUUCAUUGCCUUCUCUGCCUUUUACUAUAACUUCAGGUUUCUCAACCUGACCAAGGGGCAAUCGCUGGCCACUGUCAGGGAGACCAUCAACCAUUUCUGCACAAGAAGCUGGGAAGACCUGUCUUCUAGCUACCCUGAAGAGAAUCCUGAGCGACUGCCUAAAUACUGUGCCAGUGCCAACUACAUCCUCACACUCCUCCUCGACACCUACAAGUUCAAUGAGACCAGCUGGAACAACAUCUUCUUCCAGAUGAAGGUGGGGAGCGCCGAUGUCGGCUGGACACUGGGCUACAUGCUGAACCUCACCAACAUGAUCCCGGCAGAAGCUCCAGCAUGGGUGAAGGGGCAAGUUCCUUCCCUGUGGGCUGCAGCUGUUGCCUUCAUCAUCCUCACCCUUGCCUUGGGACUUGCUGCCCUGCUCCUGCUCUUGUGGGUGUAGGAGCCCGGCUGCAGUUCAGAGCACGGCAGGAGCACCUGGGGCUGGAGGGAUCUCUGUGCUUCUGCCAGCAGGACUGGCAGCCUGGGGCUGCUUCAGCGCUGCUGAGCACAUGAUCCUCUACAGCACUAAAGAACUGAAG